GGGAGCGCGCGGCGGUGGCGGCGGCCUAGUCUAGGGUGUCGCUCGGGCGGCGGCGGAGAGCGCCCGGGCACAACUGGAGGGGCACGAGGUUCCCGGCUCCCGGUCGUCACUGCUUUCGUCGGCUUCGUCUCGGUUUUGGCGGUCCGAGUGGUUCGCGGGAUGGUUUCCUGUUAACUCACGUAGUCUACCCAACAACCCCCGGAGUAGGGAUCAUCCUUCCUCUUCUACAAGUGAGCCGAGCCGAGCCUGGAGAGAGCCAAACGCCAAUGUCUAGCGAUGGAUGACGACAGCCUGGACGAGCUUGUGGACCGAAGCCCAGGGCCAGAUGGACACUCGCGACUCAGCCCCGCUGCCCUGGCCAGCAGUGCUGAAGACAGCAGCGACGGGAGCAGUGGCAGCUCUGAGGAUGACACGGGCAGCGAGCGCAGCUGCAGCACCGACGGGGAGGACGAGGAGGGCGGCCUGGAGGACCGAUCUGGUUCUGAAGACUCUGAAGAAGAAGGAAGAGAAGGAGGUGGUAUGGAAACACUAGCGGCAGUGGUGGACACUCAGGGGGAGUUGGAAGCCAAUGGCGCAUUUAAUUCUGAUGACGAUUCGGAGAGCUGCCCCAUCUGCCUCAACGCUUUCCGGGACCAGGCCCUGGGGACCCCGGAGAGCUGUGCCCAUUAUUUCUGCCUGGACUGUAUCGUGGAGUGGUCCAAGAAUGCCAAUUCGUGUCCAGUUGAUCGAAUUAUAUUUAAAUGCAUCUGCAUUCGAGCUCGGUUUGGCGGUAAAGUCUUGAAGAAGAUUCCAGUGGAGAACGCCGGAGCUGGGCAGGAUGCGGAGGAAGACCCCACGUUUUGCGAGGUGUGCGGCAGGAGCGACCGGGAGGACCGUCUGCUGCUGUGCGAUGGCUGUGACGCGGGGUACCACAUGGAGUGUUUGGACCCUCCUCUCCAGGAGGUGCCGGUGGAUGAGUGGUUCUGUCCUGAAUGUGCUGCCCCUGGAGCUGCUCCCGCCGCUGAUGCAGGUCCUGUGAGCGAGGAGGAGGUCUCCCUACUCUUGGCCGACGUGGUGCCCACCACCAGCCGGCUUCGGCCUCACACAGGGAGGACCCGUGCCAUUGCCAGGACACGGCAGAGCGAGAGAGUCCGAGCGACCGUGAACCGGAAUCGGAUCUCCACCGCCAGAAGAAUCCAGCAUGUCCCGAGGUACCUCAUGUCCUCUCUGCUGGACGAGACCAUCGAGGCUGUCGCUGCUGGGCUGAGCACUGCCGUGUACCAGCGCCCCAUGGCACCCCGAGUCCCUGCGAAACGCAGGAGAAGAGCAGGAAGACGGAAGAGGGUGUCGGGAAGAAAGAAGACCCAGUCCAGGUCAUCCGUGAAGAGCAGGGGCUCCGGGACGAGGUCUAAGAAACGUCAGGGUCGUGCCAAGAAGAGAAAAGGGAAAAAGUUAAAGACUGAAGCCACAGCUCGGUCCCGCAUUGCACGGACACUGGGCCUCCGGGGUCCGGUCCGCGGGGCCUGUAUCCCGUCGGUGCACAAGCCAGCGGACCCGUCUCUGGGGCUGAUGCGUGCGGACAUUGGAGUAGCCUCUCUGUCGCUCUUUGGGGACCCCUAUGAGCUGGACCCCUUUGACAGCAGCGAGGAGCAGGCUGCAGACCCCCCUUCCCCUCUGAGCGCCAAGAGAAGGGCUCUGUCCCAGUCAGCACUGCGGUCUCACCGGCCCGUGGCCAGGCCCGUGGCCAUGGGGCUCUCCAGGAGGAGCGUUCCUGCCGCAGCGCCCGAACCAGAGGUGGACGAGGCGCCCGUGCCCGACCUGCUGGGGAGCAUCCUGUCCGGCCAGAGCCUCCUGAUGAUGAACGGCGCGGACAUCACCAUCCACCGGGACGGCUCCCUCAGCGCCAAAAAGGCAGCACCUGUUUCCUUUCCGAGAAGCUCGGGGGCUCCGGCUCGAGGGGGCAGAGGCCCUGGGGCCUGCCCGCAGCCCGGAGCGCCACGCUCAGACGGUGGGCCCCGGAGUGGGGGGCUGCGCUGCCACGGCGGGCCCACCCCCUCCUGCGUGCCCGCUCUCACCCCGGGGGCAGCCGUGAGACUGGACGCCUCUGCGACCCCUCCGUCGGGGCAGGCUCAAAACCUGCCCCACGUAAGCAGGCCUGACUCAGAGCACAGCGACGCCCCCCAGUGUGACAGCGACCGCAGGCGUGCCCUGCCCCUUAGUUCUGUGCCCUCUAAGGCCUCCCGCUGCUCUCAGUCGCCGCACGCCGGCGCGCUGCCGGGACAGGCUGUGAAGCCCGCUCCCAGGAGGCCCAGCGUCUCGGAGCUGCCCAGGAUACCGAGGGUCCGAAGGGAGGACCCCUGCGGGGGGCGGGCGGAUGCGGCCCCCACUGGCGAGCAGCAUGUUGAGAUCCCCAGCUCCUGCAUCAGCCGGCUCACGGGCAGGGCGGGCCCUGGGCAGCCUGGCCACAGUGCCCGAGCAGAGGGCGAGCCCAGCGGCAGGGGCCCCCAGGAGCCAGGCACACGCUCGGGGGGUGGCUCCCAGUCCCCCGCCACACUGGGACCCUCAAAGGGGAAGGGCGUCAGCUCGACCUUCGAGAGCUUCAGGAUCAAUAUUCCUGGGAACACGGCGCACUCCGGCAGGCUCUCCAACCCUGGCUUCUGUAACACGUUCCGGCCUGUGGACAAUAAGGUGCAGAGGAAGGAGCACCCCUCUCCGCUCUUCUCCAUCAGGAAGACCAAGCAGCUCAAGAGCGAGAUCUACGACCCCUUUGAUCCCACGGGCUCCGACUCCAGUUCUGCCGGCAGCAGCCCCGAGCGCCUGGGCUCUGGCCUCCUGCCCUCCGAGAUCACACGGACCAUCUCCAUCAACAGCCCGAAGGCCCCAACGCUGCAGACAGUGCGCUGUGUCACGUCCUACACGGUGGAAACUGUCUUCGGGGCGGAGUCUGAGUCCCCUCGAGGGUCAUCCUCCAGCGUGCUCGAGCUGCAGGGCCAGGGGGCUGCCGAGGGCUCCUCCGACGUGGCGUGUGAGGGGCUGGACAGGGCAGCCGCCGAGGGCCCGGGUGCAGCCUCCAGGGCCCAGAGGCCAUCCGCACCAGAGGACAAGGACCGGCUGCCCUGCAGUACCUUCUUCGGCUCCGAGGAGCGGACGGUGACCUGUGUGACCGACGCAGAGCCGGAGGCGCCGCCCAGCCCAGACGCAGCGCAGACGACUACGCACAGGGUCGUGGAGCUCAGGUCCCCGUCCUGCUCCCGCUCCACAUCCAGCUCCCGCGGCAGGAAGGAGGCCAAGAGGAAACGGGCUGAGGCCAGGGAGCGCAGGAGGGCCCGCUCAGGCUCCCGCUCGGGCUCCCGCUCUGGGGACAGGAGCUCACGGUCGGUGUCGCCGCCGGUGGGUGGAGACCACCCCAGGAGGCAGCAGCCCAAGGCCCGGGGCCGGAGGUCCUCCAGUGACCACUCCAGCAGCCACGAGCGGGCCAAGCGGAAGAAGGCGAAGGAUGAGGGCAGGAGGAGGAGGAGAGACUCGUGGGGCCGUGACCGGCGGCGCUCCCGCUCCCGCUCCGGCAGUCCCGGCAGCUCCUCCCACGAACGCAGGGAGAGCAGGAGGAGGAAGCGGAGGCGGUCAGGGUCCAGGUCCCGGGGGAGGGAGUGCUCCCCCUCCAGCAGCCUGGAGAGGGCCCGGAGGCACCGGCAUGCCAGGGAGCGGAGUCCUCGGGAGCGGGAGCGGGCCCGAGUCAGGCGGAGCUCCCGGGAGCGGAGGAAGCGCAAGUCCGGGUCGCCAAGGUCGCCGAGCGUGGAGCACAGGCCCCGGGAGCACCAGCGUCCUCGUUCCCGUGAGAAGCGGCCUAGGCCUCGCUCUCCCGAGAGGAAGGUGGUGCCCCCUCCCCAGGAGGAGCAGAAGGCUGACCGGGAGCAGCCGGCCAGGCCGCCAGCCUCCGAGGGCACAGACGCCUCUGCAGCAGGGGCCGAGGCUCACCAGGACGCCCCGGACGUGCCAGCGGAGUGUCCGCCCGAGGACCUCGACUACGGAGACUCUGUCGAGGCCGGGCACGUCUUCGAGGAUUUUUCAAGUGACGCUUUCCUCAUGCAGCUUGAUGACAUGAGCUCCCCGCCCUCCCCAGAGAGCACGGAUUCCUCCCCAGAGCGAGGCUUCCUGCCCAGUCCUGUGGCGCCCCCGGCCGGCCAGCAGCAGGACACCAGCCUGGUGGCUGUCAUCAGACGCGAGGGGUCACUGAUCCACGACGCAGAUGCACAGCCCCCGCCCCGGGCUCAGGCCCCCCAGGAGAGGCCCUUGCUCCAGCAGGACGCAGCGGGGGCCGCCACAGCGCCCGGCACCACGGGAGGCCAGGCUGCAGCCGGGGUGCAGGCCGGGAGGGAGGAAGGCCCCUCGCAGACGCCCUUGCUGCGCGCAAAAGCCCUGGUGAAGAGAGUCACGUGGAACCUGCAGGAGGCGGAGAGCGACGCCCCCGCGGGGGACCGAGGCCUGCGAACACCGCUCCACAGGCCCCAGCAGCAGACCCGGGAAGGGGUUUGGGAAACGGAAGACAUGGGUCCCCCGGUGGGGUUCCAGCAGGCACCCUUCUCUGAGCCGCCUGCCCCCAGCUACGUGCAUGCGGAGUCUGGCUUUCCUGCCGUCGAGCCCUCUCAGGUUUACGCCCCCAGCCUGCCGCCCGCCCCAGCUGUCCCCUUGAGUCUUCCGCCCUACGCGCCAGCCAGCCAGCCCGCGGCGCAGUUCAUCCUACAGGGGAGCCUUCCCCUGGCGAGCUGCGGGGUUGCCCAGAGCCCAGCCCCGGUGCCCGCUGCCCUGACCGUGGCCUCAGAGCCAGCUGGCCAUGCCACUGUCACCGGCAAUGCCGAGGAGCGAGCAGCCGCGCCUCGGCCUGCCCCAGAGAAGGCCAAGAACGAGGAGUACAUGAAGAAGCUGCACAUGCAGGAGCGGGCGGUGGAGGAGGUGAAGCUGGCCAUCAAGCCCUUCUAUCAGAAGAGGGAGGUGACAAAGGACGAGUACAAGGACAUCCUCCGCAAGGCGGUGCAGAAGAUAUGCCACAGCAAGAGUGGGGAGAUCAACCCUGUGAAGGUGGCCAAUCUGGUCAAGGCCUACGUGGACAAGUACAGGCACAUGCGCAGACACAGGAGGGCCGAGGCCGGCGAGGAGGCGCCCCCCCAGGGCACCGAGAGCUGAGCCGGGCACAGAGCGGGGGGCGCCCAGUCCCCACCCCCGAGUGACUCUGUUGGGAGAGACAGGAGCAGAGAGUCAGGAGACACCCAGAACUCCUGUGUUCGGGGUUCCUGUGAUCACACAUGGUCUGUGCACCUGUCUUGCUCACAGUUUAAAACCGGACUUUUUUAUAUGUAUGUUAUAGAUAUACACUGUUUCCAUGGUGUUCUAAUUUAUCAAAAAUGGAUUAUCUUUAGAAACUUCUUGAUUGACUCAGUAUUUGAAAGGUGAAGCCUUUGGUGAUCAGGAGGGUCCUGGCAGGGUGGAGGGGGGCCCUCGACCCAGCUCACAGAUGGCCUGGUUUUAUUUUCUAUCCUAAUAAGGGAAGGCCGUUCCCAGAUUUUCUGUUUGUGAUGCUCUGUAAAUGACAUCGCUUGCUGCCUCCCGCGGGGCAGAGCAGUGUUGGUGGAUCUGGAAGGCGGGGGACCCUGCACACAGCACAGUCGGCCAUUCACUGUCCGCCUCCCCAGCACACCUGGCAGGAGCCCACACCCGCUGUCCCCAGAGCAUUUUGUAUUCUGAGUAGAGUUUGUUGGCUCUAAA